AUGGCAACCGCCGCAGAUGUCGUCUACAUGGCCGAACCACCCAUCUGUGAGGCUCGAUUUGCAGCUAAGACAGUGGGCAUCGUUAUGAGAGCUGCAGGGGUCUCGACGACUGUCAUUUCCUUAUUGGCUGUUUUCCUUCGAAUAUUUACCAGACUACAUGUUGAUGAUUACCUACUAAGUAUUUGGAAACCAGACUUGAUUAUCACUUCAAUGGUCAUGAGCAUUGCCUUCUUGGAUACAGGAAUGAAAGUGAUCGAUCUUGGCGUUGCAUCGCAUUUCUGGCAGGUGACUUAUGCCGAUUAUAACCCCGGUUCUCUCAUUUACGGCACAUGUACCACCGUGACGUAUUCUCUUAGUGUUGUACUGUCGAAACUCUCCCUCUUGUUCCUCUACCUGCAGUCGUCUCCCGAUCGAAGCUUUCGAAUCAUCGUCAAAAGUCUCAUCGGAAGUGUCAUCGCUUAUUCUAUGGCCCAUCAACUGCUGAGCAUCUUUGGAUGUCGCCCUAUCUACGCAUCAUGUGACGCAGAGGCACUGCAGACUGCCCGCUGCGUCGACAAAGAGACUAUUUAUAUGAUCCUCAGCAUCGCAAACAUCAUUAUGGACGUCGUCAUACUUCUGCUUCCGCUGGAAAUUGUCAUUCCACUUAAAAUGGCUCGAAGGCAGAAGGUUUCUGUCAUAUUAUUGUUCGCCACUGUCCUAACUGCUCGUAGUGUUUGUGCAUCGGCGAUCAAACGGAUGAUCAUCCUUCCAUCACUGUUGAAGAGUGCUGGUUACAGCUGGGAUGUAGCCGAACAAUUCAACUGGUCCUUCCUCGAGGCGAAUGCCGGCAUUGUGUGCGCCUCGGUCCCUGGGUUGAAGCCUUUCUUUGUCCGAUAUCUGCCAAGCUUCAUUUCUUCACAUAUCACCGGAUCUGCUGACAAGAGCGGAAAGAAGUCAUUGCCAUACUCCACUGUCAUCGAGAAUAACAGAAAAAGACACAACAUGCAGUCCGAGUCGUACGAAUUACAGUCACAUGAUGAUCUUCCAGAAGAGUUCGGGAAAAGCAAAAUGUAG